AAGAUCCAGCCAUUACCACAAUACCAUAUUUCCUUUACAACAUACAUGGUAUGUCUGGUUGUGAUUUUAUUUUCCAAAAAUUAAAUGGAAAUCUUUUUGUUUAUACAGUUUUAAAGAGUAUGUAAUAAAUAUGUUAGAAUCAUAAAUUUGAUAAUGACCUUCUUUUUACUUUCUCCUUUAAUUUACAAUAGCCAACUUUAGGAACUAACCCCAUAACUCUUGCUGCUCCGGGCAAGAAUGGAGACAGUUUUGUGCUUGAUAUGGCAACUUCCACUGCUGCAGUUGGGAAGGUCGAAAUCUGUCAAAGAAAAGGAACAAACAUGCCAAAAGGUUGGGGUGUAGACCAGGCAGGAAAGGAAACCACCAAUCCAGAUGAGGUUUUGGAAGGAGGUGGACUGAUGCCAUUGGGAGGAUCAGAAGAGUGUGGUGGCUAUAAGGGGUAUGGGCUGGCCAUGUUGGUGGAAAUAUUCUGUGGAAUUCUCAGUGGUGCAGAGUGGGGUCCAAAUAUUCGCAAAUGGAUGAAAACUGACAGAGUUGCCAAUCUGGGGCAGUGUUUUAUAGCAAUAAACCCAGAGAACUUUGCAAGUGGCUUUACUGACAGGAUGCAGGAAUUGAUGGAUACUUGUAGAAAUCUAGAACCAGCAGAAGGUGAGAGUGAAGUCCUUGUUGCUGGGGACCCUGAGAGAAAACGCAUGUCACAAUGUGAUAGGGAAGGUGGGAUAAGAUACCAUCCAAACCAAAUUGCUUAUCUGGAAGAUUUGGCCAAAGAGCUGGGAGUUGCACCAAUGGUAUCAGCAUAGCAUUGCUGGACAGAGAUAUGAACAUUCAGUUGCAGCAUGUCAACACAGUCUAUGUUCUAAUUGCAUUGUUCAUAUUAAAAUUGUGCUGCCAAGAAAAAAAUGAUUGUGAUAAAAGUAGUGUUCAUGAAGUUUUUGAUAUGAAAGGAUUUUUAAAUGAGGCUAUGGUACAAACCAUUUAAUAGAGGUUUGAUACUUCUGUUGCACAUUUUAAUUAAUAAGAUAAAACUGCAUACCUGCACCAUUUUACAAUCAAUUUGUAUGAUUCAAAACUUAUUAUCAUGGCAAUGUUUUACGAGAUUCUAUCAGCUGUUUUAGUGGUGUUGAAUUGACAAAAAUGAGGACUUGCUGUAAUUUUAUUUAGUUCUGUAUCAUCAAUAAUAUCUACAGCUACUGCAUUUUUAGGACCUGUUCAGAACCAGUUUGAUCUGCAGACUAAGUAGUACAUAGAUCAGAUAUGGUGCCCACUUGACAAUGGGUUCCCACCUCCCAUGUGCAGUCCCUGGAGGGCAGAGCAGUUAAAUCUCGGCAUGUUUUCAAGUGGGUCAGACUAGUUAGUUCGCAGAUCAACUGGUUCUGAACAGGCCUUUAGAGUAUAGCUGUUUUAAGCAUAAGGAUCAAAGAAAGCAUAAAUCAGCUUUUGAGAAAGCAGUUGUGCAAUCAGUUCGGAAAAGGAUAAUUUGUUACACAUUUAUAUACUUUAAACAAUUUUGAGUGAUAUGUCAGAUUGUGUUAAUUCAUACUUUCUAAGAGAAUCAGAAAAUAAAAUAAACUUCUUACA